AUGGCCGCCGAGAAGCCCGACAAGAAGGAGAAGAAGGACAAGAAGCGCAGCGACGAGUCUGGCGUGUCCAAGUCCAAGAAGGAGAAGAAGGACAAGAAGGAUAAGAAGGAGAAGCUUGCCGCCGCCCUCGAGGAGAAGAUCCAGCAGGAUGCCGCCCCCAGCGCCUCCGUGAACGCCGACGAGGACUCCGACAUGGAGGAGGACAAGGUCGAGGAGCUUCCCCUGGAGCGCACCGUCGUGCCUUUCGCCAUCCCCGUCGCCGAUGAGAAGGGCAUGAAGAAGGUCUACAAGACCAUCCGAAAGGCUGCCAAGCAGAACACCCUCAAGCGUGGUGUCAAGGAGGUCGUCAAGACCCUCCGCAAGUCUCCCCCCUCCGCCCCUGGCUACACCUCGUUCCCCGGCAUUGUCAUCAUUGCUGGCGACAUCUCCCCCAUGGACGUCAUCUCCCACCUGCCCGUGCUGUGCGAGGACCACAACGUUCCCUUCAUCUUCGUCACCUCGCGUGCCGAGCUCGGCGCCGCCGCCAAGACCAAGCGACCUACCAGUGUCGUCAUGAUCAUGGAGAAGCCCGAGGGCAAGAAGAGCAAGGACAAGUCGGCCGACAAGGACGGCGAGGACGACGGCGAGGCGUUCGGCGAGAGCUACGCGUCGCUGGUCAAGUACGUGCAGAAGGAGUACUCCAAGCAGGCCGACUGGGUCAAGGGCGAGUCGUCGAAAGUCUAG